UGUGAUGGUGGGAAUAUAUUGUUAGCAUUAAAUAUAAUAAGCCUAUGAAUUAACGAAAAAAUGAAAUAUAUAAAGCUAUGAAUUAGCGAAAAUUUGAGAAGAAACAGAAAAAGUUAGCGAGGAGAGUGAAAAUGGCGAAUAUUGUUGGCGGAGCUGCAAGUCCAAUGAUAGUGUGGAACGAUGAGGGAAAGAGGUUUGAAACAAAUGACAAAGAAGCGUAUUUGGAGUAUAAACUUAGAAACAACGGAAAAGUGAUGGAUUUGGUACACACUUACGUUCCUCCUUCCAAGAGAGGUUUGGGUUUGGCUUCUCAUCUUACGGUCGCCGCCUUUAAUCACGCCAGUUCUCAUUCCUUGUCAGUCAUUCCCUCUUGUUCUUACAUCUCGGGAACGUUUCUUGUGAAGAACCCUUCUUGGAAUUCUGUGGUGUAUAAAGAGAAUGAUGCAUCUAAUCUCUAAACCUACUUGGCAUCUUGGUGUAGUUCUAAACAGUUGUAUGUUUUCAUCAAAAUUAAGGCGUAUGGUGGUUAAGUAGUUUAGCUACUAAGAAUAACUGUGCUUGGGUUCAUGGUGCAGAAUGUUAAAUUUGAUUUUUCUCUUCUAUCAAAUGUGAUAUUAAUAAAAGUUCGGUUGUUUGGUUA